UUCAGUUGUUUCCUGUCAUCUCUAACAGUGAUUAAGUUCUAUGAACAGUUUACGCACACUGGUAAAGUGCACUGGAAGCAGUCUGCUAAGAGUGUCACAACGUAACAUCAUGGGGUCACUGUUUUCAUCCGAUACAGGAUCAUCUAACCCAGAGCUAGAACAAUUUGUUAAGGAAAAGAUUAAUGGAAAUUGUGUCAUGGUUUUCUCCAAAACUACCUGUGGAUUUUGUCGGAUGGCUAAAGAAACAUUGAAUAAUGCUGGAGCUACGUAUGAAGCCUUAGAGAUCAAUAAUCGACCAGAUGCUUAUGAAAUACAAAGUAUCUUAGGAAAGAUGACAGGCUCUACUACGGUACCAAGAGUUUUCAUCAAUGGAAAGUGUAUAGGAGGGGGUAGCGAGACUAAAUCACUUCACAAUGCUGGGAAACUUAUUCCAAUGAUAGAAGACUGUGGAAUUAAAGCAAGCUUGUGA